AUGGCCCCAUCAGCGAGCUUUGUCGAUGAGCUAGAGGUAAACCCCCCAGUCGUUAUCGGCCCAGCAACCAAGAAAGCCAUGAGGCCAUCCAGCGAGCUCCCCCAAUCCCUGAUUCAGGGAGCCAAAGUCGCAAAGAAGGAAGACUUCGACGCCUCCAAACAUCUGAACUUCCAGCCCCCAAAGACAAUCUAUACAAUGGAGCAGAUUGGCCUAGAGGGACACGGCAUCUCACCUCACGCAGCAUCCGAUCCAUUCCCGCUGUUCACCAAGGAAGCCAUCGCGCAAAUGAGGGCGGAGAUCUUCGACGAGAAUGUCCUUGCCGAGUGUCAGUACUCGUCUACCUUCAACAAGCAUAUGAUCCGCGGGAUGGGUUCCGCACGCGCCCCAUUUACUUACGACGCCUGGAAAUCGCCUGAAGUUCUAGCCCGGAUAUCAGAAGUCGCAGGAAUGGACCUCAUCCCGUCCAUCGACUUUGAAAUUGCCAAUAUCAACAUCUCAAUCCGGGAUGAGAACUCGAACACAGAGAAGACUUUAACCCUGAUGUCUGGUAAAGAAGAUGAACUCCCCGCUGUCGCUUGGCACUAUGACAGUUUCCCAUUCGUCUGCGUGACCAUGCUCUCAGACUGUACGGACAUGGUCGGGGGGGAAACAGCGCUGAGGACACCAAGUGGCGAAAUCAUGAAGGUCCGCGGGCCCGCUAUGGGAACCGCUGUCGUCCUCCAAGGCCGCUACAUCGAGCACCAAGCCCUGAAGGCUUCUGGCGGCCGCGAGCGCAUCAGCAUGGUCACCUGCUUCCGGCCGAAAUCGCCACUAAUCAAAGACGAGACUGUGCUUGUUGGUGUGCGCGGGAUCAGUGAUCUUUCUGAGCUUUACACCCAGUAUACGGAAUAUCGGUUGGAGAUACUGGAAGAGCGUAUCCGUGAUCGGUUGAGGAAGGAGCGAGAGCGCGGAAUUGCGAAAAGGCCGUUCGAUACUAAGGGGACGAGGAAGUUUCUGAGGGAGCAGGUGAAGUUUCUGGAGUCGAUGCUGGAGGAGAUCUUGGAGGUGGAGUGA